ACAAGAGCUUGGAACCAAAGGAUUUGGGUGGCUUCUUUGCCUUCUAAAUUUGUCCUAGAAUUCUUGCCUUCCUUCUUUUCCCUCUUGAUUGUACCAGGCAGCACUUUCUUUCCAGCCUUACCUUGUUGCUACUUCCUUACAAUCAGUGCCUAACCUUUACCUUAGGAGGGUGCUUGGACUGCUGUGUGGCCCCUGUGAAUCUUAUGCUUGCUGCCUUGGAGGUGGGACUCUUGCUAACCUCUUGUAGCUGAGUUGUAUGAGUUUGCAGAGCAUGAGGGGGUUUCACUUGGCUUCCUCUUGUAGCUGGGGUACCCUGCACACUGCCUACAUCUUAAAUCAUGUGGAACUUGAGGUAUAGGGACUGGGUUAGACCCCACAGCAAGGGAGGGUCUGCCUCGGCUACCAACCUCUACCUCAGUUUCCUCUCCUCUGGGUACCUGAUGCUGGAAGUCUAAAGCAAAGCCAAACGGCAAGAAACCUGCUGCAGAGGAGAAGAAGGUGUACCUGGAGCCAGAGCACACCAAGUCCAGGAUCACUGACUUUGAAUUCAAGGAGCUGGUAGUGCUGCCCCGGGAGAUCGACCUCAACGAGUGGCUGGCCAGCAACACAACAACAUUUUUUCACCACAUCAACCUGCAGUAUAGCACAAUCUCAGAAUUUUGCACAGGAGAGACGUGUCAGACAAUGGCCGUGUGCAACACACAAUACUACUGGUAUGACGAGCGGGGGAAGAAGGUCAAGUGCACCGCCCCCCAGUAUGUUGACUUUGUCAUGAGCUCUGUGCAGAAGCUGGUAACUGAUGAAGAUGUGUUCCCCACAAAAUACGGCAGAGAAUUCCCCAGCUCCUUCGAGUCUUUGGUGAAGAAGAUCUGCAAGUAUCUGUUUCACGUGUUGGGCCACAUCUACUGGGCCCACUUCAAGGAGACCCUGGCCCUUGAGCUGCAUGGACACUUGAACACACUGUACGUGCAUUUCAUCCUCUUUGCCAGAGAGUUCAACCUGCUUGACCCCAAAGAAACCGCUGUCAUGGACGACCUCACUGAGGUGCUGUGCAGCAGCCCGGGUAACAGUGGUGCCACUGGGGAUGGGGCCAGCAGUGGAGCUUCCGGAGCACAGAACCACGUGAAGGAGAGAUGAGUCUCCAGGGCCAGAUGGGUGCACAUGUGCAAAAAGACAACUGUGUGUCUGUGUGUGCGCACACAUGCCCGGGCGUGCUGGUGGCAAGGUCUGAGGGCCCCGGGCUGCUCAGAGUGUGGGCUCCAUGGAUGCCGCUGGAGUCAAGGCGUGUUUCCUGACUUCCCUGUUGGAUGGAUGAGUGCUGUUUGUAGUGAAGAGCCUUUGGAGUCAUUCAUUCAUUCAACAAACAUUUAUUGGACUGAUGUUUUGAUUUUUCUUCUGUGGGGCUUUCCUUUCUUGGGUCUUCCAUAUGGCUCUUGCCCUCCCCUCCCCUGCGGGGUGGGGGGUGUAGCUCUGUGGCUUUGAAAGGAGCACCUUGUGAGAGGUGUCUCCCCCUUAUGGGGCUUGCCCUGCAGAUCUGGAGUUCUGCUGUGCUUUGGGGAUGGGCUUUUUACAGAGGCCUGCCCUGCAGCUUUUGUCCCUAGCCCUCACCUGGAUCUUGGCUCAGAGUCCCUGGGGUAGAGAGGCCUGCCUGGGAUGACCCAGGAAGGCCCACACCUGCUGCUUGCUCCUAUUACCCCUUCUUGCUGCCUCCUCAGUGCCCAAGGAGGCCCCAUUUGUGUGUAGGGGCCAGGGCAGCCCAGGACCUGGCUGCGGCCCCAUGUGGAGACAGGGCUGUCAGUGAAAGGCAGAAUCUGCUUUAGUUCAUCUGUUCAGACAUAAUAAACAGAAUUCUCUCAGGUCAGAGCCUGUGUCCUCUCA